CGUUUAUGCUAGUGCUCUAGUUUGAUCACUGUCGUGACCUUGUUUGUAUACUAUUGAACAGAUAGGAGUAUAGAGACAUGGACAUAAAGACCUUGCAGGAGAACCUAGCUCGUUAUGGUCAAGAACAUCUGCUGAAAUUUUGGCCGUCGCUGACCCACGAUCAACGUACCCUACUGUACAAUGAUUUAGCUAGUAUCGACUUUGCUGAGGUCACAGAUAUUCUCCAGCAUUGUAACUUAACGCCAAGUACCGAAAAUGGGAAACUGGAUGAACUGCUGCAACCGAUCCCUGACGAACUUCACGGGAGAUCGUCUCGCACCGAUCCCGAUCUUCUCAAGACCUACAGAACAGAAGGUUUAAGACAGGUCGCAGAGGGACGUGUUGCCGUUCUUCUCCUCGCUGGGGGUCAGGGAACAAGACUUGGCGUAACAUACCCAAAAGGAAUGUAUAAUGUAGGAUUACCUUCACAAAAAACCUUGUACCAGCUUCAAGGCGAACGAAUUGUUCGACUGGAACACCUGGCCGAGGAAGUUAUUGGACAAAGAGGAACAGUACCUUGGUACAUAAUGGCCAGUGAGCAUACUAUGGAACCUACCUUAGAAUUUUUCGCCAGCCACGACUAUUUUGGUCUCAGAAAAGAAAAUUUGGUGGUUUUUGAACAAGGCAUGCUUCCUUGUUUCACGUUUGAUGGCAAAAUGAUACUAGAAAGUCCGUGGAAGAUAGCAAGAGCCCCUGAUGGAAAUGGUGGCCUGUAUCGAGCAUUGAGGAAAAGAGGAAUAAUCAAUGACAUGGAAAGACGAGGGAUCAAAUACGUUCACGUAUACUGUGUAGACAAUAUUUUGGUUAAAAUGGCCGAUCCAAUUUUUAUUGGAUAUUGUAUCAGCAAAGGUGCAAAUUGUGCUGCAAAGGUUGUUGAGAAAUCGUAUCCCAUGGAGCCAGUGGGCGUGGUGUGCAAGGUUGCUGGGAAGUACCAAGUUGUGGAAUAUAGUGAAAUAACUUCUCGAACGGCACAGAAAUGUAACCCUGAUGGUAGCUUGAUGUUUAACGCUGCUAACAUCUGUAACCAUUUCUUCACGCUGGACUUUUUACGUGAUGUAACCAAUUCCAAUACCUUGAAGCAUCAUAUAGCUAAGAAGAAAAUACCUUAUACGAAUGAUAACGGUCAAAAAAUUAAACCUGAGAAACCCAAUGGGAUCAAGCUAGAGAAGUUUGUGUUUGAUGUCUUUGAAUUUACCGAGUAUGUAUUAUUUAAAUUACCACCUGGUUGGUCUUUUUAUGGAUUUGCUGCUAGCCAGAACCUACCAUUUUUAUGUGGAUCGAUUUUCCAUUACAGUGCACCAUCAGUUUGUCAGAAUGGUACUACCAAUGGUCAUGGGCAAUACAGUGGUGAAUAUAUAAAUGAUGAAAGUAUAAAGCCUUACUUGGAAAAAACAGUGGUAUGUGAAAUUUCUCCACUGAUAACAUAUGAUGGUGAGGGUCUUGAAGAAUUUGUGAAAGGCAAGAUUUUUGUCCCUCCUGUAAUUUUGAACUUCCAACAGGGGCACAACCUCCAUCAGUGUGGUGCUAAUAAUAUUAGAAGUGACUAAUAAGAGAUCUUCUUAAAAUACUUCAAUGCAUUUUAUUCCUAAAGUGCCUUUCUUCUUAAGAUGGAUUGGCUGUAAAAUAUUUUCUUAAAUUAGUAGUCAUUCUCACAAACAAUGAUUGUAUGUGAUUUGGGUAUAAACUUUAGAAUAUGAGUAUACUUUUUUGAGGAAGUGAGGCUUGAAUUUAUAAAAAUGAUAUGAUCACCUUCCUUUUUGGUCUAGUUUUUAAUUUAUAAAUGUACAAAGUAAAGUAUUUGCUUUAAGCAAUUUUAUCUAUAAAAAUAAUACAAGAUUUUUUUUCAUUUCAUUCCAGUUUUCUAA